AUGCCAAAUAAUCUAAUUUUUCGUGAUGCUCUCAAUGAGCUCGAUGAUAAACGUAUUAAACAAAUUAAGCCUCUCAUACCUCCUCAAAUUUUGAUGGAGGACUCUCCAUUGACAUUACAAGCAGCUCAAAGUGUUAUAAUUGGUCGUGCAAAUGCCGAGAAGAUUAUAAAAGGGCAAGACGAUAGAAUGCUUGUAAUCGUUGGACCUUGUUCCGUUCACGAUGUCAAAGCUGCCAUUGAAUAUGCCGGAAGGUUAAAAUCUUAUGCUUCUGAAGCAAAUGAUGAACUUUUUAUCAUCAUGCGAGUUUAUUUUGAAAAACCAAGAACCACAGUAGGUUGGAAAGGAUUGAUCAAUGAUCCUCAUUUAAACAAUAGGUACAAGAAUUUACAAUUUAUAUCAAGAUUACGUAUUGCUCGCAACCUAUUGCUGGAAAUCAAUCAAAUGGGUGUUCCAUGUGGAUGCGAGUUUCUCGACACAAUUACCCCUCAAUAUUUAGCAGAUUUGGUUUCUUGGGGAGCAAUUGGUGCUAGAACAACAGAAUCUCAAGUUCAUCGUGAACUUGCCUCCGGGUUAUCUGUCCCGGUUGGUUUCAAGAAUGGAACUGAUGGAAAUAUAGGAAUCGCUGUCGAUGCCAUAAAAGCUGCCGGCAGCGGUCAUCACUUUUUAUCGGUUACCAAACAAGGAUUAAGUGCAAUUGUAGCAACAGAUGGUAAUGAUUGCUGCCACGUUAUCCUAAGGGGUGGCGCCAAAGGGCCAAAUUAUUCAGCUGAGAACGUUCAAGAAGUUGCUCAAAAAUUAGAGGCAGCAAAAUUACCUGCUCGCAUAAUGAUUGAUUGCAGUCAUGGUAACAGUCAAAAAUUAUUCAGUAAACAAGUUGAAGUGGCUAAAGAUAUUGCUGAACAAUUAAAAUCAUCACCAACGGGGCAGCAUAUUCUUGGUGUAAUGAUAGAAAGUCAUUUGAAAGAAGGACGUCAAAAUCUUCCAGUAGAAGGUCCUUUUAAUCUUGCUUACGGACAAUCUAUUACAGAUGGAUGUAUUAGUUGGGAAACCACAAUUCAAGUCUUGGAUACGUUACGUGAAGGUGUUCGUGCGAGGAGAAUGAAUUUUUCUGAUAUAAUAAAAGAAAUACUGGUUGAGAAAGCGCAAGAGGAUUCAAAUGAUCCACUAUCAUGGGCAUCAUUAUGUAAAGAAUUAUUACAAGAAAAAGAUCAAACCGAGGAAAGAUUCGACGAGAUUACGUUGCACUUAUUGGAUUGUAUAACCAUUUUAAACGUAAAUAAUAAACAAAAUAAUUCAAGGUUUUGCAAGGGAAUUCUUGAGAGACCAUUUUAUUUAGCAUUCGUUGAAAUGCUUGGUAAAUGUUUCGAAAAUGAUGGAUUUCCGACACAUUUAAAAACAAGUCGAUUAUUCAUGUUGGAAAAUAAAAAUUUAUCAAGAUUGGAACAAAUCGAAAAUGAAAUGAAACGUGCAAAAUUACCUCCAAUUAGCUCUUCACAGUUUAACGAAUUACAUAAAAAAAUACUUCAAGAAUUUCUAUUUACAUUUUUAAAUCCAAAGGAUUUAAAUACCUUUUUAGGAUUACGUACAACGAUAGGAUCUUCUACUCAAUUACCUCCUUCUUUAAACGAAUGUCUAAAUUCUUUUACUACACAUUACGUUAAGAGAAAUGCUAAAACUUUAAGGGAAGGUUUGGUUAUUAAAAUUUCUCUUACCGUAGGUGCUAAAGCUCUUUCUAAACAUUUUCAUAGAGAUGUUUCAAAUUCCUUUUGGGGAAAUUGUAGUGGAACUGAAAAUCAGAAAAAUGAACAAGCUAAUCGAGUUUUAGCAAAAAUUUUAACUGAUGUUGCAUGGAUAAAUUUACAUUCAAUGGUGCAUGAUACACGCGUCUUUGAGAUUCGUAAUUCAGAAGGUUACGGGGCUCGUUGGGAAAUUCAAGGUCCUAAUACACAACAACUAUCUUCUCAACAACCUCAGCUGGAUACUCCUUCAUCUAACACGAAUGAUAAUAAACAAAGAGUAAUGUUUCGCGGUUUUUUAGAACCUCAAAUGAAAGAUGGUCAUAUUAAAGGAUGG